AUACCUGCACGUGUUCUUAUAAGAUAAUAAGAAGAAAAAAAUAGAUUUUAAAAUGUAAAUGCAUGUUAUUAUCUAACAUGUAAAAGUAUUUGUAGGUAUUAUGAGAUAAAAAAAUUCAUGGAAAAAUUGCAUUCAUGUUGUUAGUUAACAUGCAGUUAAAGCGAGGUCAAUGGGAUUAUAGUUAGCGAAGGCCUCGACAAUGUGUUUCGACACUUUCUAUGGUCGAACGCGCAAGUAUCAUACCUUCAAUACAUUCCCGUUUCUACUUGGUUUUAUAAUAAUGGAUGUUCGUUGGGGUGUAAAAAGUUCAAAAGAAUGUCGAUAAAUGAAAAUAAAAAUAAAAAGAAAAAAAAUACGAAGAGAGUGCGAAGAAGAUUUUACAAUAACCGUAUAUAAGAACAGCAUCGCUGAAUUACAAGUUAAGCUUGAACAUUUGCACGCCAAGUAUAUAAGUAGCCAGGAAGAAAUAAAUCUGUUGUCGCAUCAAUUGCUACAACUAGUAGAAAGCAAUCAUAUUAUACCUGAUCUUCAAUAUCUGAUCAAUAAUGGUACAUCCAAUAUAACAAAUAUUAAAUUACCAUCUAUAUACAAUUUUCUUCCACAUUUUUUAAAUGAUCCGAAUAGUUUGCGUCCUGCAUUUAUACAAAGCAAAGGACGUUCUGGAGUAAGCAUGGUAUUAGGUAUACCGACUGUUAAAAGAGAAGUGCAAAGUUACUUGAUGGCUACAUUAAAAAAUUUAAUCGAUCGUAUGAGCCCUGCAGAAACUCUUGAUACAUUGAUAGUAGUGUUAGUAGCCGAAACAGAUAUGGAUUAUGUGACGUAUGUUGCAAAGCAAAUAGAAGUGCAAUUUCCAAAUGAAUAUGAAACUGGAGUCAUCGAUGUGAUAUCUCCAUCUUCAUCAUAUUAUCCAGAUUUAUCUAAAUUGCGAGAUACUUUAGGAGAUGAUCAUCAACGCGUUAUUUGGAGGUCAAAACAAAAUCUGGAUUUUGCAUUUCUCAUGUCGUAUGCUCAGACAAAAGGAAUGUUUUACAUACAACUAGAGGAUGAUAUUUUAGCUAAAAAAAAUUUUAUAACUACCAUGAAAUCGUUUGCUUUACAAAAAAUUAGCACAAAAGAGAAUUGGUUUGUAUUGGAUUUUUGUCAAUUGGGAUUUAUAGGAAAGUUAUUUAAAUGCGUGGAACUGCCAUGGUUAAUCCAAUUUUUUCUAAUGUUUCAUAACGAUAAACCUGUAGAUUGGUUAUUAGAUCAUUUAAUUUCAACUAAAGUUUGCAGUCUUGAUAAAGACAGUAAACAUUGUAAGAUGGCUAAAGCAGAACUCUGGAUACACUAUAAGCCUUCACUUUUUCAACAUAUAGGGACACAUUCUUCGUUGAAGGGGAAAGUACAAAAACUUAAGGAUAAACAAUUCGGCAAGAUUACUUUAUACUAUGCUCAUGAAAAUCCUGAUGCAUUGGUAGAAACUCAAAUAAAACCUUACAAACAAUAUACGCUACAAAAAGCAUACAAAGGAGAAUCAUUCUUUUGGGGGCUUUUACCACAACCGGGGGAUCACUUAAAGUUUAAAUUUUCACACUCUAUUUUUAUAAAAAGGUACUUAUUUAGAAGUGGAAAUCCUGAACAUCCGUCUGACAGAUUUUAUAAUACAACUGUUGAAGUGUUACCUGAAAUAUUUAUGUCUGUAGAUAGAAAUAGUAAUGAUAUAACAGAAGAUGGUUAUAUUAUUGUAGGUAAAUUUGAUGCUCUUGGAAUUGCUCAAGGAACGGUAGAUAGAAAAUAUGGAAAAAUAUCUGUUCUCAGAUUGACUGUGCAUAGUGAAAGUGAAAAUUGGGCAAUUUUAUCUGAGAUUCAUGUAGUAGAAGAUCAACCAAGCUGACCCCUGAAUGAAGAAUUUCAUCAAUAUUUUCGGUAUCAUUUGCAUGGCUAGAAUGUUUGGGCUAUAUUUUUUUGGUUAAUACAAUUUUCAUUUUUAAAUUAUAUUAAUUUUUUAAACAACAUUAAUGUGCCAAGUAGUAGAUCACUAAUUAAUUAAAAAAAAAGUAUUGCUAUUCUUCAUUUAUGUGUGCUAUAUUAAAAUAUUUAAAUAUAUACUUAUAUUAAAGAAAGAAACGUGAUCUACGGUGCAAGUGAUACUGCUUUAAAAAUUUUAUUUCUACUUACUUAAAAACGAAGUAUACGCAUAAAAUUUUUUGAAUUUUUAUUAGAUUAAUUUUAAAUCAUUUGUGAACGAUAUAUUUAUUUUUUUAGAAAGUGUACCUGCAGAAUCAGUAUGUAGUAAUUUUUCGUAAAAAUGUUUAUUAAGUUCAUGAAUUAAUAUAUUUUAUUUAUUCUACCAAUAUGUUCUUGUAUAUACAUAUUUAAAAUACAGUAUAGAUAUAAUGGGACUAACAAAAUUAACAGUAUAUUCUAUACUGUAUUGUGAUAACGAAUGUAAUUCACAUUUAUUACAAACGAGACAUUAAUGCUUUUAUUCAAAUAGUAUUAAUUCUUAGUAAUGAAUUAAUGAAAUACUUUUUUUCAAUAUCGAAUUAUUCUAUAUGUUAACUUACGAAUUAUCAUUUACAAAGAUUAAGGAUUAAAAACAAAAUUUAUGAAUAUUUUGUUUUGAAAAUCUGUAAAUCGUGAAAUCUUUGAAAUCUCGUUUGUGUAAGUGCAAGUGCAACUUCUUAUAAAAAAGAAAUAUUUUGGAAACGACUAUGAGCUAAAAAAAAA